AUGGUCAACUGGAAGGAAGUAAAGAACAAGUUGACUGUCCCAAUCGAUGAGGACAGUUACUAUGAAAACACCACUUGGUGUAAUAGGGAUCUGAUCCCCAUCCCGCCGGAGCGUCGUACCUGGGGAAUAUGGGGAUAUUUCGGAUACUGGACCGUUUCAGGUUCUUGUAUUUCUGCAUGGUCGACAGGCAGCACAUUACUGGCCUUCGGUCUAAGUCCACGACAAGCAAUAGGAUGUGCGGCGGCUGGUGGUGUCAUCACCGGUCUUUUGGCUGUUGCUUGUGGAUGGAUGGGCGAGAAACACCAUAUCGGAUUUACGGUCGCAUCGAGGUUCUCCUGGGGCAUGCGCGGGUCUUAUUUUCCGGUUAUAAUCCGAAUAUUCGUUGCCUGCAUGUGGUUUGGGAUGCAAUCCUACUGGGGAGGACAAGCUACAAGAGUGCUCAUAGGCGCCAUCAUCCCAGGGUUCGCACACAUGAAGAACUUCUUCGCUGAAAGCUCCCACAUCCUGACCAAGGACUUCAUCGGAAUGGUCAUCUGGUACGCAGCAUUCAUCCCGUUGGUUUUGAUCCCACCGGAACGUCUGCAGAUACCAUUUGCCAUUUCGUUCGUCCUAUUUGCCGCGUCAUGUCUUGGUAUCCUUAUCUGGGCAGUAGUAAAUGCCCACGGCCCCGGAGAGAUGUUCAACCAUACUCCAACCACGAUCCCCGUCGGCUGGGGCGUCAUGUACGGUAUCACGGCGAUCAUGGGCGCCUGGGGUGCCGGAACACUGGGCCAGUCCGACUGGACCCGUUAUGCCAAUCGACGUCUCGCACCGACACUGUCUCAACUUGUCGCGGCUCCUAUAACCAUCACGGUGACAGCAGUUAUUGGAAUCGUCGUCACGAGCGCAGCAAAAGAUAUACUAGGCGGAGAUGUCGUCUGGAAUCCAAUCUAUCUGUUGGCGGAUAUCCAAGAAUAUUAUCACUCGAGCCCCAGAUCGAGAGCAGGCGUUUUCUUUGCAUCAGUGGGCAUGGUCUCGACUCAACUAUCGAUCUCCGUUGUUCUAAACUCCGUCUCCACGGGAAUGGACAUGGCCGGUCUAUGUCCAAAAUACAUCAAUAUCGUCCGCGGUAGCUACAUCAUGGCAGCCAUAGGAAUCCUCACUCAACCAUGGCAACUUCUAUCCACAGCAACAAAGUUCCUCUCCGUCCUCUCUGGCUUCGGUGUAUUCAUGGCUCCAUUAACAGGCGUCCUCCUAGCAGAUUACCAUCUUGUUCGUCGUCACAAGCUCAAGCUCAAGGACCUCUACACUGGUAACCCUUCCUCCAUAUACUGGUACAAUCGCGGCUUUAAUUGGCGCGGUCCUGUCGCUUUCGUCGCUGGCAUGUGGCCAUUACUUCCCGGCCUCGCUGGAUCCGUGAAUAAUUGGACAACACCCUCUUUCGCCGGCUGGAUCAAGCUCUAUAAUCUCACAUUCAUAGUUGGGAUCGCGAUGAGUUUCACCGUCAUGACUGCUACAUGCUACAUUUUCCCUCCUCCUGGUUUAGGUGUCGAUGAGCCGUUCCUUGUAGUUGAUGGAUUCGAAGAGUCUACUGGUAUUGAGCCUAAGUCGCCUUCGUUGGCUGGUUCGGUGGUUGGUGGGGUGGAGAAACAUGCGAAGAGUGUGGAGAUGCAGGUUUGA